AUGUCCGCCAUUGUACCCCCAUUUACUGCUGAGACUGCGCAGAAGAAGGUCAAGGUGGCGCAAGAUCUGUGGAAUACGAAGGACCCCCAGAAGGUUUCCUUGGCAUACAAGCCUGACACUAUCUGGCGCAACCGCGACCAGUUCAUGAAGGGGCGCGAGGAAGUCGUCCAGUUCCUGACGAAGAAGUGGGAGAAGGAAAACGGCUACAGGCUCCGCAAGGAGCUGUUCGCCUUCACAGACAACAAGAUCGCAGUCCAGUUCUUCUACGAAUGGUAUGAGACCAAGCCCGAUGGUACCAAACAGUGGUACCGAUGCUACGGAUUGGAGGACUGGACGUUCGAUAUCGACGGUCUCAUGAAGAAGCGGCAAAUGAGCGGCAACGACGUGCCGAUCACUGAAGAAGAACGCUGGUUCAAGGACGGGGUGGACGGGGUAGACGUGAACUCGUUCCCCAUCUCGGACAAGCACCUCUGAAUCUGCAGUACAUUAGCAGAACAUUUGUAGGAUAAGAUCCGUAGUCCAGUCUAACAGUAGUCCAAUGUCGUGCGUAGCUCCCCACCGUGGACCCCAGCGCA